AUUACUAUAUGGACCCAGACUUUUUGCCUCAAAAAGUUACUAUGGCUCGACUGCGCGAAAUAUUAGGUGAACAUAAUGUACAUUAUACCGGCAGUGAAAAAAAAGCGGACCUUGUAGCAUUGUUCGAUUCAAGCAUUCGACCGCUUAUACCGUCGUUACGAAAAAGAGAAGAAGAGCUGAAGAAUUAUCGUACCAAAACUGAAGCGGAGCUUGCUCGAUCAGCAGAAAGAAAAACUAAGACAUCACGAAAAAGCGCAGAUUCCUCGUCCGAGAAUCCACAAACCACCCCUAAACCCUCUCGUUCAUCGAAGAGAACCAGCAAGGGCAAGAUUAAAGCUAUUAUAAACGAAUCUGAGCUUUUAUCUGAAGAAUCGACGGACAUAGAAACACCAUCAAUAAAAGUUAGAGCAAUUGCACCAGAUUUAACACCUAAAAUUAAUGAUAAAGGACGAUUAUAUCCGGAAAUUUCAAAUUCAAAGCGUGUCAAAGAAGAUAAUUCAACUAAUCGACGUGAAGCAGUGGCCUACGCAUUUAGAAAUCCUAAUCAUAUUCCAACGCGACAAAUUAACCGUCAACCAUCACCCGAAUUAAUAAAAUCACAAAUAAGAUCAAGUGGAUGGAAAACUAUUCUUUCGUUAUUUUUUGUAAUUUUGUUAAUUGGAGCUUACGCUCGAUUCAAAAUGGAAAUUGGUUUCUGUAAUAGUGAUACUGUUAAAGGCGGUGGAGGCACCGAGGAUGAAAAAUCAUUUUUUGAGAUCACUUGUACCCCUUGUCCACCUUACGCUCAUUGUUCAGAGGGUAAGAUCACCUCGUGUGAUGAAGGUUUCGUGUUCACAUCUUCAUCAAUUCAUUGGCUCAAACCUUUCACCAGCAGAUGUAUACUUGAUCUUGAUCGAGCGCAGAAGAUUGAAAAGUAUACCAAGUUGCUUAAAAAAAUUGCUGCCGAAGAAACCGGAAAGGUUGAUUGUGGAAGUGGAGAACGAGAAAAUUUAUUAUUUAAUAAUCUUCUUAUUCCACUUCGGCAAAAAAAAUUACCAUUCCAAGAUACAGAUGAGAAUUUUGAAAAGUUCACACAAAUUGCAUUGAAAAACCUGAGAUCGGACGAUGAUAUUGAAAUCGUUGAUGAAAAAGAGAGUUUUAAUAAACUUAGAAGUUAUGUUAUUUCGAAAAAACCAAGUCAUGGUAUUCUUUGUAAAGUUAAACUUUUUGGUAUAGCCUGGCUUAAAGAGAAUUUAAUGUUCACUAUUCAAAUAAUUCUUAUUUGCGGUGUUGCGAUAGGCGUGUUUUACAAAGUUAAAGAGAAGAUAUGGGAAAAAGAACAAGUAAAUAGAGCUGCCGAUGUUGUUUUGAAUGCAAUGAGGCAAGAAAGGAAUAUGAUCUCAGCCGAAUGGCAAGAAAAGGUUCUGCCUCAUAUCAAAAAUGAUUUUAAACGUAUUGA